CCUAUCCGGUUGCCAAACAUCUUUGCUGCUGUUUUUUUUAUGCAGAAGAAGCAAAGUGCAAAAAUGUCGGCUUGUUAAAAAAAAACGCCUAAAAUAAAGUUUUGUCUCUGUGAAAAUUAAAGUUUCUCGACGAUUUCAGCUGCAUUGAGCCGGUAGGCGUGUAAAAAUCGCAUGCAGUAAACAUUCCGGUACAAUAUGAGUACUUCGGACAGCGCCGAUACGACGAGCAGCAGCAGCGCAAGCAGCAAUCAGAAGCAGCCUCAGGAGGAAAACCAGGACGAACUCAUUAUCAAACAACAAAGGGAAAUAGAACAAGAGAUAGCUUACUCUACUCCAUUGGUUAGCGAGUCACAGGUGGUCAACAGUUUGAACUCGGAAUAUUUGGAUGACCCUGUUUACAUCGCCAAGGUUAAGGAUCUGGCCUCCAAGUAUCGGGCAAUUAGACGUACGCGCCCGGAUGGAAACUGCUUCUUCCGAGCAUUUGCUUAUGCGUAUCUUGAGUACUUGGUACGCAACAAGAAUGAGUUUAGUAAAUUCUACGAAUAUGCGGCUAAGUCUCGAGAAAGAUUGACCGCAGCCGGGUUUCCUAGAUUUACCAUCGAGGAUUUCUAUGAGACUUUCAUGGAAGUGAUUAAUAAGGUAAAACCCGAAGGUGACGACACUUCUGGUGCAGUUGCCGAAUUGCAUAAGCUAUUUAACGAACAGGGAUAUUCUGAUUACGUGGUGGUAUAUCUCCGCUUAAUAACUUCGAGCCACCUGCAGGAGAAAGCGGAUUUUUACCAGAAUUUUAUUGACGGAAAUUAUACCAUUCAGGAGUUUUGUCAUCAAGAAGUUGAACCCAUGUACAAGGAGUCAGAUCACAUUCACAUCAUUGCCAUUUGCUCGGCGCUUGAUGCAGGAGUCCGUGUGGAGUAUAUGGACCGAGGCGACGGAAAUCAAGUAAUUGCUCAUGAGUUCCCGGACGGUUGUAAGCCGAAUGUUUUUCUGCUGUACCGCCCUGGACAUUAUGACAUUCUGUACCCGAACGAGGCACAGUAAAAAAGAAGGAUGCUGAUAAAGAAACGGAAUGGUUCUGACACUUUCAAGCACUCUAUUCAUAUUUGGAGAUCUUAAUAUCGCUAAUGUAUCCUCUUAUUCAAUUAGAGUUUAAAUAAAUUAAUGAGAAAAUGUA